AUGCUGGAGGAGACAGAGCCGCUGCUUGAGCACAGCGACGUUGCUGCAGCAGAUGACGACUCCGACGCUGCUGCUGCGUCUGACGCCGUUGCUGCAGCAGCAGCAGCAGCCGCAGCAGAGGAGGAGUUCGCGGCGGGCUCCGCAGCGGGCGCCACCCAGGAGUCCGCCGCCGCCGCCGCAGCAGCAGCAACAGCACCAGCAGCAGCAGCAGCAGCAGCAGCAGCAGCACCGUGCCGACGCCGCCUCUGGCCCUCCUGGUCCUCACUCACCUUCGGGGCUGCUGCCGCAGCAGCUAUCGGCUUUGUUGAUGCAACCAAACCAAAUAGUGCUUUGGGAUCCGCGGGAAGACCCGCAGCAGCAACAGGCAAAGACAGCCCCCCCUGCAGAACCGGCAAAGACGCGCAUGCAGCAGCAGCAGCAGCAGCAGCAGCAGCUGAAGAGGCUGCUGCUGGAGUGCUGAGCCCGCGCCCUCUGGUGCGGAGCCGCAGCAGCGAAACCGGCAGCAACGGCAGCAGCAGCAGCAGCAGCAGCAUGAAGAAAAGCAAAAGUGCUGGAGGGGCGCUGACGCGGGCUGUUUCCUUUGGGGGCAAUUUGCACCGCGUGGUGUCUCAAACUCUUUUCGACGGAGCUGCUGCUGCAGUUUUAACUGCAGCAGCAAGAGCUGAGACGGCUGCUGCUGCUGCUGCAGAGGCCGUUGCUGCUGCAGCAGAGCACGGCGGCGCAAGCAGUAGCAGUGGGUCGGAGUCGUAUCUGUCGGCGGUGAGUGAAGAGGAAGCAGCAAGUGGAGAAGAAGGUCCUUUUAAUGGAGGUGGUUUUGCUUCUCCUCGGCAGCUGCCUUCUGGCCAAGGGGACAGCAGCAGCCCAUCAGAUGAGCGGCAGGCGUGGCUUGGUGCUGCUGCUGCUGCUGCUGCUGCUGGUUCUGGGGCUGCAGCGGGCAGAGGCGUCGGCAAUUCGUUCCCUGAAGACAGGUCUAGGGGCAGCAGCAAUGGCAGCAGCAGCAGCAGCAGCAGCAGCACCUUCAGCUUCACUGCACUGGCAAGGGCCAUCAGCAGCGAGGCAACGACCGACUUGCCGGAGUCGUUCGAAAGGACGCCAGCAGCAACGUCCCACGGCUUGCAGCAGCAGCAGCAGCAGCAGCAGCAGGUGCUGCAGCGCGACGCGAGCCGGUGUGAAGCGCAGCCUUUGCUGUCGCUCGAGGGCGGCGCAGCAGCAGCUCGGCCUACAGUGUCGCCGCGGCUGCGUCAGCGGUCAGCAGGUCCUGCGUCGGGGUCUGGAAAGGACGGCCGCAGCAGCAGCAGCAGCGUGAGCAGCAGCAGCAGCAGCAGCGGGGUGGGGUCAGCCUCGUCCCCGUCUGCUGCUCUCGAGCUGGCCAACCUCGUCAGCGUCGACUGCGAAAGAACUCAAGUGGGCAUUUGCGUGCUGCACGAGCUGUGGGCAGCUCCCUUAACUUUGGCCCUUAACCUCCUUCUGGUCUACAGGCAAAUCCCCAGCGCUUUCCUCUACGCCGUCGCCGUCACAGGUGAGGCACUGCACUUCCCCAGCGCCGCAGCAGCAGCAGCAGCAGCAACAGGAACCGCAGCCGCAGCACAAGCAGCACCAGCAACGACAGCGGCACCAGCAGCAGCAGCAGCAGCAGCAGCAAGAGGAGCUCGUUGUGUGUUUGUGCGGGGUGCGUGGGCUUCGCAGGAGUGUGUCUGUUGGUGCAGCUGCGGCUGGGGGACUGUCUGCGUCAGCCACCGGAUGAUGAGCUGUCGAGACACCCGAGUGCGGGCGUGUCGGGAGCUGCUGCUGCACGUGCGGGAAACGAAAGUGCUGGGGUGGGAGAGCCACGCGUUUGGCCGCAUUUGGAGUUUGCGGCUGCCAGAACUUCGCUUUCUGAGCUGCCGCUACUACUUGCAUGCAAUCAGCAACUGCCUCUUCGUGUCCACGCCGCUGGUGGUGAAGGUCACUGCCCUCACUUGCCUCGUGGCCCGCGGGGAGGGUGGGGGAGGGGGGGCCACGCGGGCCAGCAGCCUCUUUGCUGCGUUGGCUCUCAUAGACAAGGCCCUGCAGGCCCUCAACUCUUUGCCUACGCUCAUGGGCGACUUGACUGCUGCUGCGGUGGCUCUCAAGCGCCUCGGCAGGUGUCUCAAGCCCCCGGCGGCCGCGGUCCAGCUCCAGCUCCAGCAGCAGCAGCAGCUGCUGCAGCAGCAGCGGCAGCAGAAGGAACGCGCACAAAAACUUAAACGCAAACAGCAGGGACACGCCGCAGAGCCCGGAACAAGUGGAACAGACGCGUCCGCGGAGACGGGAAUGCCAGCAGCAGCAGCAGCAGGGGCGCAAGCUGCCGCGGAAGCAGCAGCAGCAGGCAUUCCCCCGGACUCUGCUGUUGUUUGCUUCCGCCGAGCCGCCUUCGCGUGGAGGCCCCUGCGGCCAAACGAGCUGCUGCCAACUUCUGAGCCAUGUCUUUCCCCCACUGCCUUGGCAGCAGAAAGCCCCCAGACGGGCAAGGCAAGUGUCAGCGCAAGCAGCAGCUGCCCCAGCAGCAGCAGCUGCGCCAACAGCAGCAGCUGCAGCAGCAACCGUUCCGUGCAGCAAGUGGCCUCCAUACUCAGCCGCGCAGCAGAUCGCCCCCCCCUGGCCGGGGAAAGCAAAGGGCCGUAUUGCCUGCGCAGCAGCAGCGCAGUGCUGCACGACGCAGACCUGCAGAUUAACCCGGGAGAGCUGCACUUAGUAGUUGGCAAGUCAGGCAGCGGAAAGAGCAGCCUCUUAGCUGCAGUGCUGGGCGACAUGAACCUAGUGAGGGGGGAGGCUUACCUCAACCUGCCUCGGCCUGCCACCAGCAGCACCUGCAGCAGCAGCAGCAGCAAAGGCAGCAGCAGCAGCCACAGCGGCUCAGGAAUGCCCCAACUGAAGGCGCUCGGCGGGCAGCCUCUAGAGGCAGCAGCGGGGGAAGGCGCCGGCAGCCAGGGCCUCCCAGGCAGCGAGUCUGCCGCAGAAGAUCCUUGGGAGUUCAUUGGCUUUGCGCCGCAGCAGCCCGUCAUCUUCGAGGGAACCCUCCGAAGCAACAUUCUCAUGGGGCGGCCGCUGCUGCCCCUCGCCUACAGCCAAGUGCUGCAUGCGUGCUGCUUAGAAAGAGAUCUUGCUGCUUUGGGCGGCGACAGCACCCCAAUAGACGCCGGCGGCCACAGGCUAAGCGGGGGACAGAGAGCCCGCAUUUGCCUGGCCCGCGCCUUCUACAGCGCAGCUGCUGUUGCUGCCUGCUGCAGACCGCCUUCUUCGGGGCAGCAGAAGGCAAGCGCAGCGUCUCAGGCGUCUGCCAGCAGCGGCGAAAGCACUGCUGCUGCUGCUGCUGCUGCUGCUGCUGCGUCAGCGAGGCAGCUCGCGGACAACAAACUCACCCGCCUCGCCACUGUAGGCAAGAGGGCCCUCUACCUCAUAGACGACCCCUUCAGUCCUCUCGACGCAGUCACAGCCAUGGCCGUGUGGCGAAGAGUUUUCGCACCGGGAGGUAUGCUCGAUAAGAACAGCAGCAUCCUUGCCAGCAGCAACUGA